AAUCUUUCGGUUUCCCCUUGUGAGCUCGUCGACCUCUGUAAUCGACUGUGCAGGUCUUACCUUUGACAGUUCAUUGUACAACAAUGGCAGGAGUCGAGGCUACACAACCUGAUCAGGUUUCCAAAACCAGCAGCGUGCCAGCUGAAGGAUAUGAAAAGAAAUGUAUUUUCUGCAAGAUCGUAAACAAUGAAAUGGGCACGGAGCUUCUUCACUGUGACGAGGAGAUCUCAUGUUUUAGAGACAUUAAACCUGGAGCUCCCCACCAUUACCUGGUCGUCCCAACCAAACACGUAGGGAAUUGUAAAACACUCAGCAAGGAGCAUGUGCCUUUGGUGAAGCGGAUGGUCGAGACAGGGAAGGAGAUCCUCCAGAAAAACAACGUAACAGACCUCAGCGAUGUCAGGUUCGGUUUCCACUGGCCCCCAUUCUGUUCUGUCACACACCUACACCUUCAUGUCCUGGCACCUGCCAGUCAAAUUGGCUUCAUGUCCCGCCUCUUCUACAGGCUCAACUCUUAUUGGUUUAUUACGGCAGACCAGCUGAUUGAGCUUCUUAACUCUAAGGGAGAGACCAACUAAUCCCUCGCUUUGGAUCCAGUUCUGACAGUACUUGACUUUGAUGUGACUGAAACAUCCACCUUCUUGCAGAUGUCAUGUUGGAUGAUACACUCUCACAUAAAGUUGCUGUCUGUUUGGUCAGAGCUAAUGACAUUAUUUUAAACUGGUGACGUUUGUAACCAGAGACCACUUUUCAGACUGGAAGCAAACUGAAGGCUUGAAUGAAGCCAAAUCUUUUUUCUUGCUACUUGCGACAUGUCACACAAAUGAUUUUUUAAAUGUUUUUUUACAGAAGGAGUUUAUUAAAUCUCAAUUAAUCCGCCAUAAAAAAAUGCAUUUACUUUAUGGACCAAGUAGCAUACGGUGUGAUUCCCCUGUUUUCAUCUGGUAAUCGCCAAAGAAAAUGUUGAAGGCGUUAUUUCUUUUUACUGAAUGGAAAGGUGAGUACAACAAUAGAUAGCCAAUAUAAUUAUAAGCUGUUUUAUUUCCUGGCAUGCUUAAUGCUUUGAAAAUCAGAUUUUAUUCAUGUGUAAUUGAGAAAAAAAGUAUAAGUAAGACAAAUUAAUUUGUCUAAUUCACAUUUUGACGUAAAACGUUGGAUAGUUGUGUAACGAAGGUUCCUCAGCUAUGUUGAGUUAUCUCAUAAUUUUGUGGCCUUGGUGAAGUGGGUCAAAGCCCAGAGUAUUAUUAACUAUUUACAAGGCUCCUUUACAGUGGAAGCAGCUAAGUGAUCCUCUAACACUGUAAAGUAUGCUAAAUGAUCUCAACAAACACUAAAAUAUAGCCAGGUAUCUGUUUAUACAUGCUCAUCUCACGUUUGAUUUGAUACAAUGUCCUAGGAUUGUGUUAAGAUAUAUAAGAUGAACUAACGGUAUUGUGCAUGAAGUGAAUAUGCCAUACGAUACUACUGUAUAUUAAGGAAUGUAAAGACAGAAAACCAAACUGUAUGUACUGUACACAAGUGUAUGCACUUUAAGAAUUAAUUUAACUUGGAAUAAAUAAUACAUUGCUGCUCC